CAGGGGCGUGUGUUUUUUUCUAGAUGAGAGCUGGAUAUAGCCCUCUGCAUAAUAUUCUCGGUUCCGUUGUUCUGACAUAUUUUUAAAGCACUGUGACCAAAAAAAGGAGUGAAAUUCCGAUUAUAUUUCUUUGAGCCUUUAAAAGCGAAAAGGACAUUUUCUCAGAAAGAACUAUGAGUGAGAACAGUUCAUCUGAUCCUCCCAACCGCACUCAGGGGCCUGCCACAGAUGGAAAAGCCACCCAGGAGAAACCGGUGGACAAAGAGGGGAAGCCCCCUACACAAGAACCCGAAGAAGAGAUCGACAUUGAUCUGGAGGCGCCGGAAACAGAGAAAGCAGCUUUGGCAAUACAGAAUCAGUUUAGACGCUUCCAGAAGAAAAAGAAGUAAAAGGGAAGCCUGAACAAGAGAAUCGGUGGACAAAAACACCUUCCACGAUAUUCACUAUGGAAAGAGAAUAAACAAAGAAGAGACAGAGGAAAGUCAAGUGUGGGUGGGAAAUUAGGGGUUUGGAAAACAAAUGAUAGCCCUGUGGCAUCAACAUGCUGGGUAGAUUAGAGUUUAGGACAUACGAAUAGGGAAAGAUUUUCACUUUAAAAGACAUGGCAGAUUCUGUUCUCACUAUAUUCGUCUCCAUCCUUCUCCUCUCCUGUAGGCAUAAAUAUAGGAACGUCAGUUGCAUGUGCAACACACAUCUGUCAUUUCAUCAUCGAUGCAAGAGAACAAAUGUAAGUGAUAUUAAACGGGCAGUAAAUGGCCAAAUGUUGCGCUGCACUUACAGAGUAAAACAUGUUGCCAUGAAUCAGUAUUAUAAAUAUGAAAUAGCUUAGUUGUAAAUCUAUUCAGGAGGUGAAUGGCUGUUCUGUUGUUGUUGUUCAAGUGAUAAAAAAAAUAAGAAAUCUUCAUAUCAACAGCAGACCAAAUAAUGAUUAUUUAAUAACAGAAAAAAUGUCAUAACCUGACAUUCUCAGAAUAAUAAUAAUAGCAAUAUCUUGCAUAUUUAGACAGGGAUUUGAUCAAGACACUGAAGUUUAAAAUUAGCCCUAUUAAACUAGGCAAAUGGCUUGAAAUAAAUGUAAAAUGGACAAGUUUAAUAUUCUAUUCUGUUAAAUUGCUAGCUGAAUUUAGCACAAGGUCAAGAACUUUUUAAAUCAUUAGCAUAAAUUCCUUUCAUUUUUGCGUCAAUGCCAGAAGUCACUGGCAUGCAGUGAGAUCCUAAAAUUUUUGGAGACUGACUCAAAUGAAGAUGAUUAUCAAGGAAAGUGUAACAUUUUGAUCUAUUUUAAGUGUCUUUAUCUUUCUCGUUCCCCUAUAAUUAAAGUGGUCUCCACAGAUAUCUCAGAAUAGCUCGUAAAAAUUAGAGCAGUAUAUAGAGACUCAUGAUUAUCUUGCAGUUAAUGGGACAAAUGAUGUCUGUAAUUGCAUUGAGAUAGGUGUGAUGCAAAUGUCAUCUGUGCUUGAUCGUUUUCAGAUAACCACUGGCAAGGCAAUUAUUGAAUACUUCUGUUAUUAUUCUGUACAUUUUAUAUCAAGUAGCCUAUGACACAUUUUACUGUUGGACAGACAUUUAUCUCCUCCUGUAUUCUUUUCUUCUCUUUCUCUGUGUGUGCUCAUGUGUGCUUGAGUGCUCUAUCCUACAUUUUUUUUUCAGUGUGACUCAUUGCUUCAAUAAAAAGAAUUGUAUGUCCUGA